CACGGCAGAUGGACGGAGUCGGACGAGUCGGACGCACUAGACCAGCCAACUGAGAGAAUACGCGAAGACAAAAAAAAAAAAAAGGAUAAUUCUAUCUAUUUAAAUCCACGCACACGCGCACACUCUCUCAGACACUCACGUCGGGCUGAUUGUCCUCCGCGCCGUGUUCGAUGGAUACCGGUUGUUUCACCGCGGCGCAGCGCCUUUCGUGCCACGCCAUGAAUGCGGAUUUAUUUAAGCCUGCUCCGGAACGCGGACCCCAGCAGUCCUCCGCCCCGGUGAAAACCGGCAGGAAUAAACCCGAACAGCCCAAAGCGGAGCUGGCUCAGGUGGUGACAGACUCCAAAACGGGACGGUGCUACAGUAAAGGGAAGCUUUUGGGAAAGGGCGGCUUCGCUCGAUGCUACGAGAUGACGGACCUCUCCAGCAACAAGAUGUAUGCCGUGAAGGUGAUUCCACAGAGCCGAGUGUCCAAGCCCCACCAACGGGACAAGAUCACGAACGAGAUCGAGCUCCACAAAACCCUGUCGCACAAGCAUGUGGUGAAAUUCUCCCAUCAUUUCGAAGACCAAGAGAACAUCUACAUCUUCCUCGAGCUCUGCAGUCGUAAGUCGCUGGCACACAUUUGGAAGGCGAGACACACGCUCACGGAGCCAGAAGUGCGAUAUUACCUCCGACACAUCAUAUCCGGCCUCAAGUACAUCCACAGCAGAGGGAUCCUGCACCGAGACCUCAAGCUGGGCAACUUCUUUGUCAACGAGAACAUGGAGCUGCGGCUGGGAGACUUUGGCCUCGCCGCCAAGCUGGAGACGGUCGAGCUGAGGAAAAAAACGAUCUGCGGGACUCCAAACUACUUGGCCCCCGAGGUGCUCAACAGGCAGGGCCACGGCACGGAGUCCGACGUCUGGUCCCUGGGAUGCGUCAUGUACACCCUGAUGUGCGGCAGCCCUCCUUUUGAGACCCUCGACCUGAAGGAGACCUACAAGUGUAUAAAAGACGUCCGGUACAACCUGCCGGCGUCGCUGCCCCCCGCUGCACAGAAACUCAUCUCCGGCAUCCUGCAGAAAAACCCCAGCGACAGACUUUCGCUGGAUCAAAUCCUCAACCACGAGUUCUUCACCAAAGGUUUCACCCCCGAUAAGCUUCCACCCAGCAGCUGUGUGAUGGUGCCGGAGCUCCACCCCCCCAGCCCUGCAAAGAAAUUCUUUACUAAAAUGGCAAAGAGCUUCUUUGGCAAGAAGAAAGCCAAAGUGGAGAAGAUCCCAUGCGAGGAAAAAGAUGACAAAGAUAUUUCCAAGCUUGUGUCGGGCAUCGUUAAAUGUUCCAUCAACCGGCAAAUCAGCUACAAGACGGUGGGAGCCAACGAGGUGCCCCCUCCAAUGGCCCCGGUCGUCGGCUCUGCGCCACUGGAACAAACUCCUGCUGAGGAGGAAUCCAGGAAGUCAAUCUCUCGUUCCUUCAAGGGAACAACGGCCAGCAGCACAGAACCAUGUGAGGACGUGCUGACCCCUGCAGCGGUGUCUGAAUCGGCCUUGAAAGUCCUCAACAGCUGCCUGGCCAACAUGCCUGCAGCCACUAGAAACCCGCCUUGUUUGUCCAGCCCCCAGUCCUUCCUGUGGGUGACCAAGUGGGUCGACUACUCGAAUAAAUAUGGUUUCGGCUACCAGCUCUCGAACCAAAGCAUCGGCGUGCUCUUCAAUGAGGGCACGCGUCUGAGCCUCUGUGAUCAACGCAAGACCGUCCACUACCGCUUUCCCAACAACAAACACUUCACAUUCGCUGCCAACUCUCUACCUGAGCAGCUUCGUGGCCAGAAACAGAUUGUGGACCUCAUGGCCAACUACAUGGAGCAAAACCUUAUGGAGGGUGGAGAUCUUCAUUGUGAGGAUCAAGUAUCCGGGUGUCCUCCUCUGCUGCUCCAGUGGGUGAAGACGGACCAUGCUCUGGUCAUGCUCUUCAACAACGGCACAUUACAGGUCAACUUCUACGCCGACCACACAAAGAUCAUCCUGUGCAAGUCAUCGGACUCUUAUUUACUCACCUACAUCAGCCGGGAGCGCGUCUCGUGCACGUACCUCCUCAGCAUGCUGAAUGAGAUGGGCUGCACCUCUGAGCUGAGACACCGGCUGCGAUACGUGGUCCAGCUUCUCCAACACCAUGCUGAUGAGUGAGGAUGCAGCUCGGUGCCUCCCAGGAUGCCGUCACGCAAUCUGACAUUGUACAACACCUCCUCCAGGCAGUCUGACUGGUUGCUUUUUAAAAUGUGUCAUGGCGCUGCUGGGACGAGCGGACUCGUGACUGCUGGAGGAUCUGCCGCGCGGUUUUGUGCCUGUCCAGUUUAUGCCUCGACUGUAUUGAUGCCUAAUAGACUCCUACCUGGCCUGAAAUGGAUCCCUCACAGGCAGAUGCCUAAAUUAACACCCAAAUACUUCCCCUUACUCACUCAAAACCAAUGCUUCAUUGCUGGAUCUUUCAAAGCAGCCAAUAGACCCCGGAGUGGUCAGGUUCCCCGAUGGCUGGCAGUCCAGGCAUGGUUUCUCAAAGGUAUCCAAACACUAAAACACCCUUAUUCGCUUACAACCUUGAAGAUGGAUUUUUUUUUUUUUUGGGGCUCCGUAAGUGUUAAAGCAGCAAGGCCAUUCAUGCCGUUUGCUUCCAUUGGAACCGAUUAUGCAGCAGAAUGCUUUGGUAGGUGCUGCAGUUUGAUUGGGAGAGACGUCCUACCCUCGGUUGGAUUCUGGCCUGUCUGGACUAUGGUGCACACAUCGGUUUUCAUUUUAUUCAAUAAGGAAUUCAGUCAACUACAGGAUCACACUGAUCUUGACCUGGCGUGCACAAGUAACAUUCCUGGCCUUAUUCGAUGAUGGUGAUGCUAAAGGUUCGGAAAAAGGGUUGUCUCCUCUUCCGAUCCAACAUCCCUGUGUCUUUGUUUUUGUUUUUUUUAUAGUUGGAAACAAAUUUCACUUAUGUGGUACACAGCAUACUAAAGGGGCUAUGGGAGCAACACAAUUGCACAUUUUCUUUUUUUCUUUUUUUUUUUUUUCUUUUUUUUUGUAUUUGGAAAGUGAAACCUUUUACAACCACUUAUAUUUUAUUAGUUUUUAACUAGAUACCAAAAGGUAUUCAUUUUUUUAAAUUAAUUUUAGAAUCACAAUACAGUAGUUGAGUGCGUGUGUGUGCGCCACACAUGCUGGUAAACAACCGUUGGUUUGAUAAUGUGGGAGGGGGAGGGAGGGAGGGGGGUAAAAGUGCCUUUCUUGGGGAUGUCUGUAUAGUGCAAUAACAACCCUUUGUGAAUGUCAAGCUGGAUACAAAGAUAAGAGAGAUGCGUUUUAGAGGUGGGAUUUACUUUUGUACUUUGAGCAAAGUUUAGAAGUAGUUCCAAUAGCACUACACUCUCACUACCUGGUAUAAGCUUUUAGAACAACUGGCAUCAUAAGUAUAUAUCCCAGUAAUAUCUACUUAGGAAAAAAGAACAUUGUAAUCUGUUGUACUGUAAUCCUUAUCGGUUUACAUUGCUUUCUCGACCCAGAGUUGUAUCCUAAAAACUGUGACCUGGAAUGCAAGUAUUACGUACAUGUGUUUUCAAAAAACCCAACAUUGUGAAAGCCAUCUGCCAAUUCUGAAGAGUCUUUAUUUUUUGGCACAUACUGUCCUAUUUAUUUUAUUUAUACUUGUUUUUUUAUUUAUUGUGAAAAUGUUACGGUCUUGACUCGAGGAAAUGUUCAAUUCCGAUCACCUUUUGUAUGUAACAUAUUUGGGGGGGAAAUGGGACAAAAAUAAAGUUGAUUUAAAAUGAA